AUGUUAAUUGUUCAAAAGAAGAGGAAGCACUUUGAGGACUAUGUGGAGCCUGUUGUCGACAAAUUUAUGAAUUUGAUAAGUUUUGAGUAUGGUGUGCCCCUAAUAAGAGGCGUGCCAUACGAGAAAGUCCUGAAAUUGGAAAAACUGAAGCAUUUAUAUAUUUGGAUUCACAGUUCUUUAAAAGAGGAAUUUUUGGAUGCUCUGGCAAAGAAACCAGGGGACACGAUUGAAAGCCUCUCCAUCAAAGGCGCAUAUCUGACGACUAGCCAGGUUGAGAGCAUUUGUAACACCCUCCAGCUCAGCCUGGAAAACUUCUGUGUGUGGUGUAGAGAAGUGCCGCUUGAGCACUUGCUCAAACUGCAGAAGCUGAAGUCGCUUCAUAUAAAAAUGCCCUCCAUCACAAAUGCAGAGGUAAUGGAACUUAUAAAGGAUUUGCCCCACUUGGAGAUCUUGAAUAUGCGCGAAUGUCAACUGCUGACAGAGGAGUUUGUGUCAGAAGCACUUGACUGGCUGACCAAUAACAACAAACAAACGAAACUCACGAUUUACGUGCAGGGAUCAGCCAUAAAUUGGAAAGAGAUCCCUGGAAAUGGACAUUUAUUGCAGGUCAUUGAAAAGCAAGAGAAUGAACCAGUUCCAAUGAAUGGCGAAUUGAGCGAUCAAUAUAAUUGA